AUGUUUAUACCGUCGUCAUCAAUGUCGUGGGAGACCAUGAAGGCUACACUUUAUCUGUGCGAUGGGUCAAGCUUUCCUGGUCACCUUUUCGGCGCCACUAAGAGCGUUGUUGGUGAAAUUGUCUUCCAAACGGGUAUGGUUGGCUAUGUGGAAUCGCUGACAGAUCCUAGUUAUGCCGAACAACUUCUCGUACUAACAUAUCCCAUGAUGGGAAACUAUGGAGUUCCUAGUCAAUCAGAAACUGACUCACUUGGAUUGCCAAAACACUUUGAAAGUAACCGUGUUUGGCCAGCGGCUUUGAUCGUAGACAAAAUUUGUCCGGAAAAUGAACAUAGCCACUGGGAAGCAGUGGAAUCGCUCAGUUCAUUCCUUCGUAGAGCGGGCGUUCCAGGCUUGGCAGGAAUUGAUAUAGAUAAAUUGAAACGCGAACCGCCCCCGAAACCGUCAGUAUAUCCCUUCCGUGACAUCAAUGAGGCCAACUUGGUGGCAGCAGUAUCACGAAAAUCACCACAGAUAUUCGGCUCUGGUGGAAUUACCGUCCUAGCCAGUCGACUGUGGCGGUGUAUGGUGGAACGAGGAGUGCGCGUAAAAGUGGUGCCAUGGGAUCAUCCAUUCGAAAGCGAAGUAUUUGAUGGGCUGUUCAUCUCGAAUGGUCCUGGAGAUCCAGAACGAUGCACCCUGUUGGUGAAUAGGCUGAGCGAAUUCCUCAAGAAAAAUACGAAACCCGUGUUUGGUAUUUGCCUUGGUCAUCAGCUGUUAGCACGUGCUAUCGGAGCUAAAACCUAUAAGCUCAAGUACGGUAAUCGAGGUCAUAAUCAGCCGUGCACCCAUCAAGGCACAGGGCGUUGCUUCAUAACUUCACAGAAUCAUGGAUUUGCGGUGGAAACAACUACAUUACCAGACGGCUGGCGAGCGCUGUUUACGAACGAAAAUGAUGGGACAAAUGAAGGCAUUGUACACGUGUCGAAGCCAUUCUUUAGUGUCCAGUUCCAUCCGGAGCAUACCGGAGGUCCGGCUGAUUGUGAAUUUCUCUUCGACGUGUUUAUUGAAGCAAUCCAUUCGAUGAAAAAAGGAGAGGAUUGCUGUGUGGACGAGCGGCUGUCGGCAGCUAUCCGCUACGAUUCCAGCUACCAGAUAAAAAAGCAGCGAAAGGUUCUCGUGCUUGGCUCGGGAGGUCUAACAAUUGGACAAGCUGGGGAGUUCGAUUAUUCAGGAGCUCAAGCCCUGAAAGCGUUGAAAGAAGAAGGAAUUCGAACUGUCCUGAUUAAUCCAAAUGUUGCCACUGUACAGACGUCGAAAGGUUUCGCAGAUUUCACCUAUUUCCUGCCUAUUACAAAGGAGUAUGUUACUGAUGUGAUCAAAAAGGAGCGCCCUACUGGAAUACUGUGUACAUUCGGUGGCCAGACUGCAUUGAAUUGCGCCAUCGACCUUUAUAAGGACGGCAUUUUCAAGAGCUAUGAUGUUGAGGUAUACAUACUUGUGAUUCAGUAUGGCUAUUUUCACUAUUAUCCAGCUCGUUUCAUUAACUUGUGCGCUGUGAAGAUAUAUUGA